AUGCUGACAUUCAGAAUUUUAAACAAUGUACAAAGGAGCAUUGCAGCCUUUCAAAAGAAUUGUUCCGCAUUAAAACAUACCAUAGAUGUCUCUAAAGUACCAAAAAUUAAUGAAUGUGAUCUAACAGAACAAUUUGUUAGAGGAUCAGGGCCAGGGGGUUCAGCAGUUAAUAAAAAUUCUAAUUGUGUCGUUUUGACACAUAUACCUACAGGUAUUGUUAUAAAAUGUCACACCAGUCGUAGUCAAGAUGAAAAUAGAAAAAUGGCAAGGGACAUGCUGAUAGCUAAGUUAGACGAUAUUAUUAAUGGUGAGAAUAGUGUAGAGUCCCAGAAGAAAAGGAUCGAAGAGAAUAGAUACAAAAAAGUUGAAUAUAAAAAAAAGAAGAGAGCUGAAAUCAAAGAGAAAUGGAAAAAACGUGAAGGCCUCAUAUAA